AUGAGAGCAGCGGCUCCGGCUCGGGCAGCGGCUGCACAGACGACUGUCCCACCACAGAGGCCACCAGCCCUGCGUCCGAAGCCCCCGUGGUGGAGGCGGACCGCAGUGAACCCGUGGGGGCCUCUUCCUCGCUCCACACGCCGACCGCCCUCCUGCUCUGGGCCCUCACACUUCUACAGCAGUGGAGAUAAUGCUGGAGGAUACGUGUUUGGAGCCACAGAGGAGCCUGAAGCCUGA